GACGCGUUCGCGCAUUCAUUCUGUACUCGCUUUCAUGGAGUGGUGACUUUACCAUUGCACAGAAGUUGGAUUGAAACUUGGAUUGAGUGAUUUCUUGCGGUUGUCUUCUUAACAGUUAAACAUCUCACAAAUAAAAUGAAGCGCCAUAGCCUGUUGUGGUGUCCAGUUUUAGCCGCUGCUUGCUUGUUAGGAGUGACGCUCAGUCAGACCACCAUCGUCCCCUCGGUUACAAACACUACAGACAGCAGCAACUCUUCAAUGACCACCGUCCUUCCUCCUGCUUGCGAUACCGUGAACACAUCCGCCUGUGCGGCAUGCACCCCAGGAACCCGCUACAGCAAUGAGACUCUGAACUGUUCAUGCUGUCCAGCCUCUGGCCUCUGUGUAUCUCCGGGAGACUGUCUGCCCUGCCCCCGAGGGCACUACCAGCCUCUAGCUGCCCAGGAGCUCUGCUUGCCAUGUGCACAGGGCUUCUACACAAACUCAACAGGAAGUCCGGUGUGUCAGUCCUGUCCACCUGGCUCUUAUACAAAUGCCACUGGGACCGCUGUGUGCAAAGGGUGUGCACCAGGUUAUUACACAUCUCAGCAAAACGCGACCUGGUGUGAGCCUUGCCCAAAGGAGACAUUCUGCAACACUUCAAGCUGUGUACGGUGCCAGGGCUGUCCUCUUGGGAAGGAGUCUCUGGAGAUCGCCUCUAAAGAGUGUACACCUUGCCGGCCAGGUAUGCACAGGAGUCCCAAAGACAGCAUGUGCCGGAUCUGCAGUGUCGGCUAUUACCAGAUCAAGUGGGGGCAGGAGAGGUGUGAGAUUUGCCCCAAGGAACACUACUGCCCCAGCCCUGACGUGAAUCCGAUCAAGUGUCCAAACGAUGCCUUCUGUCCUGAGGGCAGCACCUCGCCUGAAUACUGCAUGGAGACCUUCUUCAGGAAGUCCGGAGGGACAUGUGAGCUGGCGCCCAUCACCAUCGCUUUGCUGGUCAUCGCAGCCGGAAUGGCGCUCCUGUGCGUGAUCCUGCUGAUCCUGAGGCGGAGGAAGGAGUCUGACCCCGAGCUGGCAGUGUCGCGGGCCCCGCUGCUGCGGAAGGCUCACUCGCUGGGACGUGUGUACGGCGUGGCCUGGGACGCUGAGCCUGUCUACGCUGGCUGGUAGAAUAUGCAUUGCGUUCUCCAGGCUCCAGAGCAUCUUUCCAUAAAAAAAACAAACUGUUAAGAUCUCUUCUGAAUGCCUGGAACAAAUUGACAGCCACUGAGACCCAUCAAUGAUCCCAGAAGAGAUUUUCUUUGUGAAUUUUUUAUUUGCAGUAAGAGAAUUGCAAACUGUCAACUUUUCGUGUUAUGUUUUUGUUUACUGCUCUGUAAGUGGUUGCGUUCUCAACCCAUUUUUUUACAGUAUUUUUUUUAUUUUUACACUGACUUUGCACUGAAAUAUCACUCAAGUCUUAAUCGUGCCAGAUAUGAACGUUGUUUUCUGAGAAUGUUAUUGCGUGAAAUGUGCAAUUAAGUUUAAGAACCUUGUUUUUGCAAAGUGCCUGACUUAAAAGUGCUUGCCUCCAUUAUUUAUUUUUUUUAGUCUCAAAGCUGUGCGUUUGAACAGCUGAUAAUAUAUUUUGUGUUUGACAUGGUUUAUUUUUCAGCCAUACAUACAUACACAUAUACACACACACCUUUUAAGAAGAAAUAAAACUGCUUGUAUGGGAGGAACAGUCCCCCUUUGUAAAAUAAUUUCGCUAAUGUAAGAACCUGAUUUAUGGUUGACUCACUGGGUACAAUUAUAUUGAAAUUGUUUUUUUUUAAAUUUACACUUCUUCCUUGUUUGUGAUUAAUUUGAGGUGAAGUAUUUAUUGAGUACUUUUCAAACUUUAUUACCCCUGCAGGGAGGGGUUGAUAGGUCGCUUGGAUGUAGAAUUCUGCUUUUUCUUCAUAAGUUACUGAAUUACCAAUGAGAAGGAUAUAUGGAUAUGCCUGUCCAUUCAGAUGUCAGUUGCACUUUUUUUCUCCACCCAUCAGUGAGUACCACAAGUAAAAUGUACAUGCCAGUGUUCUGCCUUCUAUAAAUGUAUACAUUGUCAUUAUGGAUUCUGUCAUGUUUUAUCCCCUGUUGCAUUGAGGUUAAGACACUCUUGCAUUUACAACACAAAAUGCUACAGCUCCUUGCCUGUUCAGCUGUUUCGGUUCAUUAAAACUUGAUUUUGUAUGUUUUAGCCUAAUGUAGCUCAAGCCACACGUUUGUUACAAUGUUAAAUACAUAAUUCAGAUUGUAAAUAAAGGCUAAGGAAUGUU